AUGGCGGGAUGGGCGGCGAUCAGAUGGACGCCCCGCCCCUACGCCGCGUUAACGCUCCCCGUUCUCUCGCGUUUGCAUCACCGUGGAAACCUUGGGCUUCCUCUGCUGAGGGGCGAUAGAAAUCGCUCGUGCAGGCCGAUGUCGUCGUCGUCGUCGUCGUUAUCUCCCUCUGCUUCUGCGGAGGUCGGUGGCUCCACCGCCGCCGGUGGUGGUGCGGGGAAGGUCACGGCUCCGUACGGUUCGUGGAAGUCGCCCAUCACCUCCGAUGUCGUCGCAGGCGCGGAGAAGCGCCUCGGAGGAAUUGGGGUCGCCGGGGACGGGCGGCUUGUGUGGAUAGAGUCCCGCCCUGAAGAAGCAGGGUGAGUGAUCUCCAUCUCUGUCCUCGCGCUGAAUGAAAACCCUCCCUAGAAUCUUUUUCUUUUCUCUUUUGGGCAAUGGAAUGAGUUGGGGGAUUGUUCCUCAUGCUGAAGGUGUCCGGAUGCUGAACAUCUUGAGGUUACAGGAAAUUGAUAUGUUUACAGCACUCAGCGAGAGCCUUCUUUUGGGGAUCUGAAAAAAAAUCGUUGAUGUGACGCCAGCUAACUCAUGCCAAGAACAGUAAACUACUGGCCAAAUCUUGUAGUCUCUACCUAAAGCUUGUCUAAGAAUCAAGAUAGCCACAAUUAGAAAGUGUUAACGUGGAUGGAAUCUUAAUAAGAGCCUUCUCAAGGCCUUUACUCCAACCCAUCAUGAGAAACCUUAAACGGUGCGCCUGACCUAGAUGAGAAUUACAUAAAAGACUUCAGUGAAAUUUUAUUCGGCGUAAAAUUCUAAUGAAAAAAAUAUAUAUAACCUGCACAAAUAUCUCAUUAAAUAAAAAAAAUAAGGAAAAACUAACUACUGUGUUCCUCCAUAGGAAAUAUGUUAUAAUUCCGACUGAAAUCAGCACAGCGGAUCCAAUCUUAAAGGGUGUAAAUUCCAUCAAUUAGAGAGCAUUAGAUGAUAGUUCAACUUCCAGUUAAUCACUAAAAGUAAAAUCUCCAAGGUUUGUUUCUGUCAGACGCAGAUAAUGUUCAAGCAACUAAAACUAAUAAAGGACCCAGAUAAUGUUCAAGCAACUGAAACUAAUAAAGGACCUUAGACCAGAGCAGUUACUUGGCAGGCUUCUUAUUCUGUGGUAUAGGAUUAUUCCGUACCAAUGUUAAAUCAAUGUGGAUUACCAUAUCGCAUUAAGAUUGAGGAUACUCAUUAAAAAAAUUGAAAGAAACUGGAAACAUAAUCCUUUUUUUGCUUUUUAAAGAAAGCAAACUUACUAAUGUACGUUGUCUUAGUCUAGUAUAUUGACAUGCACCAAAGAUCUAGUAUGUACAAAUAAUUUACCACGCAUGGGAAAUCACCCCACUCCUUUGAUGGUACUGGCCCAUCAUUUUCUAUAUGUUUUUCAUUCUUGUUCUCUAGUUUUAUCAUUCUGGUUUCUUUUUUUCCUUGUGGAGGUUCAGCGGGAAUGGGGGCAGCAUGGGGAAGUUAACACAUGCUCCUCUCUUCUCCUUUGUUUUCUGGAUUUCCUCUUUCAGUUCUUAUUCCUACCAAAUAGAGGAGUCUACCAAAUUGGUCACUUAAAUUGUUCAUCAUUGGAAGCACGAUAUUAAGUUUGAAGUGGAGGGAGGCUUCCCUGGGAGGCAAUGCUAUUUUAAUGUCUUCAAGCCUUGAACAUGGAACUAAAUAAAUCUGUACUGAAUUGUGAAUAUUUUGAGUCAGGUAGCCAGAAUAGGGUACCUGUGCCGCUUCCUUCUUGAAAUUAAAUUCGUCCCUACUGAACCCUAGCUUGUGCAGAUCCAGAUAUCCGGACUCUGUCAAAUGUUCCAAUGCAUGACUAAUCCUCUGAUUUCAAACCGAUAACGGGAUGGAGAGUGAUAGAUUGGUUCGCUUUCUAGUCUUCUGCGAUCUGACUAAACUUUUGUUCUCUUUUCAUCUGGACCUUGGGAUGCGUAAAUUUAUGUAGAUGUUGACUGCAGAUAAGUUAUGUAAUCCUUGUUGUUAUCCUUUCCUGACAUUUCUUCUAGACCAAAUUCAUCUGUCAGGAACCAAUUCCCAGAGGAUUAUUUUACGUCCAUAUGCUCAACUAGGAGCCUAUGAAAUGGUUCCAUUACUAACAUGAACUUGAGGCAAUGAUUUAAAAGAUAACGUGGAGAUUUGAAGGUGUUUCUGGAAUCUUUUUUUUUUUUUUUUCUACGACCAAGGAAAAGUAUCCGAACGGUAUAUUAACGAAUUCGCAAAGAUGCCCACUGGUGUCUGUUCAGCUAGUUUACUUUAAACCACUAUAUUAGGAAGCCCUCUGCUUUUUUGAAUAAGAGACAAAGAGGAAGCAUUAGAAUUUUACAGGUAUCUAAACUACAUCACAAAGAUUAUUACUGUAAGUUCGUGUAAUAUUACAAUAUUUCCAUUUUAUCUGGAAGCCGUUGCGAUAGAGAAAAAACCCUUUGCCAGACUUCUCCUUCGCAAUCUAGAAUGUGAUAGCUGUGGCCUUAGUACGAAUGUGUCCUGGAGACCGAUGUCUUUUGGUCAUCUUUGAACCCAUCUAUAAUUAAGUUAAAAACUUUUCCCAUUUUCUAGAUGGCUGACUAAAAACUAGGAAAAAUUCCUGUCACCCCUAAGAAUGUCAAUUCUGUGCCAGUGGUUGUCAUUGUUCAUCUUAUUCAUAUAUGAUGCUGUGUUCUUCUCUAUAAUACUCUGACUGCAGUACACUUGCUCAAUUCAAUAACCACUAUUGAAUUCUUAUAAUGCAUGAACUACAUUUGGUUGAACGCAUAUUUUCGUGAGUUGGAAGUCUUGAUAAUCAUGCAGGUUCGUUUAUUUUCAUCAUACUGAUUUUGAUGGUCCAGUAAACUUUAGAUAGGUCCAGGUUUUGAAUGAUGUAAUAUCUGUGACAAAUAAAAGUUGCCAAUACAUUCUAGACAGUGUCAUAUUUUAAGUGAAUGAGGCCUUGCUGAGCUAUCUCUUCAAUGGCUAGUAGAUCUAGUUUUUUAUAUUUUUUGCCCUAAGAUGAGGCCAUUAUGAAAUGACUAUGACUUUUGCGUAGGUUUUUCUCCUGUUGUACAAAACGUAUGGCUAAGAAUCGGAAUCUUUUAAAUUUUUUUUAGGAUUAUUUCUGAAUAACAAUCAAAAUGAAGGCUGUACUGGGUCAAAUAGGCUUUAUAAUUUUGAGGAAUUACACCAAAACAAUAGUGGUGAUCAUAGUUAGGUGUCCAUGGGAAUGAUCUUGAAGGAGAACAAUUGAUGAAAUUCAAUGAAGAGGCUUUUUGUUCAGUUUAUUCUAUGUCCACUAACGAAGCCAUUACUUUGUGAAAUAGGAUUCUUACUCUUGUCUUUCGGGUAUGUAUUACAUCUCCUGCCACCUUUUCAUUCUCUUCUUUCCUGUUGGGCACUUUUUGUGCAUACCACGUUAGGACAUUUGAAGUUUUUGACUCUGAAAUUUUUUGUUCAGACGUAUGGUCCUUGUUAAGGAACCUGUGGAGCCAGAGAAUAAGCCUAUAGAUAUCAUUCCUCAAGAGUUUGCAGCAAGGACGUUGGCUCAGGAAUAUGGAGGGGGUGCCUUUGCAGUAUCCGAGAACAUGGUCUUUUUUUCAAACUAUAAAGAUCAAAGGUUGUACAGACAGAUCAUCGGAGGUAAUUCGUAACAUAGAUUGUGCUUGAAGAUGUCUUAAUUCUUGGUUUAGUAGCUUUCAGGUAAGAUUUUGCCAUUAUGUAUGGUACAGGACUGACAUUGUAUAAUGUUUCAGAUCUCCUCUUGUUAAGUAAGUUCUACACUUAGCUGGACGAAGAGCGUGCACUUAGAUUCUGGAGGGAGAGAUCCCUUAGAUGCUUGAAAGCUCUGGCAUAAAAGCUAUGAUGAACUGGGAGCAGAGGCCAGGAUAUAGGGGGCAAAGUUGAAGCGUCUUCUAGCCAUAAACUUUGCCUUUUUUAAGGGACUCAGGACCCGUAUCCUUCAAAGAGAUGAAGAGUCCCAAACGUCAUUGGAAGGGACAAAUAUAAGUAGAUAAAUACGGGAAGACGCAGAGGAGUCAAGGUUUUAGAAAGGUUCAGGAAAGCUAAACACCCUAAAAAUACUAAUGAUGACGAUCUUGAAUGCGAUUGGUGUCCUAAAAUUGGAGAUGACGGAUUUUUUAUGAAGGAUAAGAAAGUUAGGAAAUUGACAAACUAUUUCUUUAAACAGUCCCUAAGCAGUAUGUCAUUGUUUUGGAUGAUGCUGAUGACUUGUAGGGAGCCACAAUGACGAGGGAAGGCAGAAAAGCAUAGGGAAGAUGGUGUAGGGACUGUGUGCAUCAUGAUUGGUCUACUGUUUAAAUCAAGUUCUAGAAGUGAGGAAAAAAGCAGUCAGUUCAUUAGAGUGCCAAUCAUUGACUAAACAUGGAAGGCAGCAUUCAACACACGAUAUCAUUCUAUCCUUCAAGCUAUGUUUUAUAUAGAAAGCAUUGAGGCACAAUGAUAAUUCAUAGGUGGAUGGAUAUUAAAUACAAGAAUAGCUCAUAUAUCCUGAAACUUUAUUCAUGAUAUGGUAGGGGUGACAACAAUAUGCAAUACUAUGGAACCACAUUAAGAUGUUUUGGAAAUUUUAAAGAGGACUGAGAUGGGCAUCUUAAGAGGUAUGGUUGCCAUUUUAUGGUUCUACAGGGAUAUGAGGAAAACCAUAUUGAACACUGGAUGAGAUUUUUACCGGAAUGAAAUUCAGAAAAUUGAAUAUUCAUGCAGAAUAAAAUGAGAUGGCAGAAUACUAUCUCCAUCAUAAGGUGCUGUUCCUUAGUUGCAUCAAUUUAAACAGAGACUGCAAUCUUCUGUCAUACAUCUUUAACCAAAUCGACAAGGCAAUCUCCCUGAAUUGAGAGGCAUGCAGAGAUUCAUUUUUAUAUCGAGAUGCAUACAGCAUUUGGCGAAAAAUAGUUGAACAUAAGAAAUCCGAAUGCAGGUGAUGAGUUUCUUAUGUUCAAAAAUGUUAAAACAACUGUUGAAAUAUCUGUCACGUGCAGUUGACACAGAUUCAUAAUGGGACAACCGAUUUUAGGUUUUUUUCAAGUAUCCUCAUUGGUGUUCAGCGUCUAGUCUUGGAGUGUCUCUCGUUAUCUUAGAACAAUAGGCCUGUGAAAGCUGACUUUCCUUAAAAUCUUCAAGACCCCUUAUAACUUAAACCGUAAUUUUCUGUUGCUUUAAAAGAUAAUUGUAUUAUUUUCAUCUUUUUCUAAUCAACACAAUCAAUCUGACACUUUUAUCAAGCUUUCAACAUGUUGCCCAAUUAUUUAUGGUAUAAUUCUUUAUGUGGAAGAUGCGUACUUAGAAUCAUCUACUUUUAACCUGGGUGAGUUAACAUCGGUUUGAACUGCCUCUGUUCAUCAGAGAAAUUUCCAGUGCCGAUCACUCCUGAUUAUGGUGGACCUGUUGUCCGCUAUGCCGAUGGAAUGGUUGACCCCCAUUUUAAGCGUUAUGUCACUGUAAUGGAAGGUCAGGAACAUGAAAUCUAUCACAUUUCUUGAUAUAUUUUGUUUUUAUUCAAUUUAAAUUAAUUUCAUCCGUCUUUCAUAUGCCAGAUCAUCGCCAAAGUAGCACAAAUGCAACAACAUCAAUAGUCUCUAUAGAUUUCAGGAAUGAAAACAUUCUAGGUGAGUACAAAUAUUCCGUGGACAUUCUACAGAUCUUUGUGACAUUCUUCUGGGAUAACAUACUUAGAAAUUUUAGUGAAAAGCUUUUUUGGAGUUCUUGCUUGUUUACCUUGUGUUCCAGAACCAAAGGUACUCGUUAGUGGCCGUGAUUUCUAUGCUUCACCACGUAUUGACCCUGUUGGAAAGAGAAUGGCUUGGAUUGAAUGGGAACAUCCAAAUAUGCCUUGGGACAACUCUGAACUUUGGGUUGGUUAUUUUUCAGAGGAUGGGUAAGAUAUGUUUCCCUCCUGCAGGAUAAACUGUUUUCCAUGUCUGUUGCUGAUAAAAUUUUCAUAAUUUAUUUUUUAUAAUGUAGGGUUCAAUAUGAUCUUAGUCAAUGUAGGAACUUAAAAAACAUCAGACUGAUCCCUGUCGCUCUUCAAAUCAAAGUCAUCUUUUAAAAUUAUUUUCUUGCACGUCUCAGAUAUUGUUCAUACAUAGUUGUUUUUAAACUCAGUGAUUGUGAAGCAUCUCCAAUCCAAAACAACUUCUUGAUGCUACCUUGGAUCAUUGAGAUAUGCCCGUUUUUCCUACCAAGGAUUGACCAAGAUGUCAAGGAAGAAAGGGCACUGCCGUGAGGAUCCAAGAUUAGAAUAGUGAUCAAUAUGUGAAAUAGGGUCAAAAAAGUUCUAAGAAGAGCCAAUCCAGCGGGUUGUAACAUUGUACAUAUUAUCUGUCAGAGAAUUACCAGUGAAUAUGACUUCGACUAACAUCUACACAGACCCUUUCUCAAACACGUUUGAUAUAGUCAAAUCAAGCGCAUUGGUCAUUUGAAAAUUCGUCCAUUUAUUGCUUGGAAUGCUUUCGUUUUUUUCUCCUAUGAGAUUUACUUUCUACUGUUGUUCAUUUGUAGAGUGAUCUCUUUCAUUUGUUUUCAUCGUUUAUGUGCAGAGAGUUAUCAAAACGUAUAUGUAUUGCUGGUGACAGUCCUGCCUUGGUGGAAUCUCCAGCUGAACCAAAAUGGUCUCCAGAAGGUAGCAAUAGAAAGCAAUGUCUAAGAGGCCAACUGAAAAGAUGAGAGUGAUGAUUCAAUCUUGCAUACUAUAUAGACUAAGAGGCCAACUUCCUUCCAGAUUUUGUGAUCUCUCAUUGACUUUAAGAGCAGCGUAUUAUUAGACAAAGUAAACAAAGACCCCUGAGGCGUGCCAACUGGGUUGAAACAUUUGGCCGCCUGCUAGAAGGGAAAACACAUUGCUACAGCAUGAUCAGCAACCAUAAGCAGGGUACAUAACCCAAAUGAAAAGUAAUCAAUCAGCAACCACGUAGAGGUAUGAUUUUCAUGCAACCCAAAUAGAAGACAAGGUGAAACCAGAAUCAUGGAAUUAAAUGAAGAACAAAGUCAAAAGAUUAAACCUGAUCCUUGGAUAAGUAUCUAUACAUAUUAUGUACAAAUAUACCUUCGAACAGCAGAACACUGGCCAUCGACCUGAAGGUGGAGACACUGAGGUAGACAAUACCCUUUUUUUCAGAUCAGGGUGACUUUCUUCUAAACCAGCCAUUUUCCAACACAACAAGUGUAGGAGACAUGCCCACUGGUUGACACCCGCAGAUCUUCCCCAUCAGCAUAAUCUUCCUGCCAUGCAUAAAGGAGUGGAUGCUAGAGAAUAUUGUGAGAUACAUGGAUGACCGGAUGAUCUCUUGGUAAUUUACUGGGAAAAUACUGUAAGAUUCUGCCUUGCAAGCUACAGAUAUAGAUAUUUCCAUUGCUUCAAAUUUUUCUGCACGGUGUCCUCGGCCAGCCCUGUGCUCACAUUCCCAAUCCAGUCCUCCAGCUGCAACAUCUCUGACAAGCGAACAAUGAAUCCUAGUCUUAAUAUGUUAAAUAACAAUUUAAGCAGUAAAGAAUAUUUAUUAUUUAUUAAUAUUCAGUAUUCAGUAACAAUAUUAAUUGUUCAAAUUGAAUCAAAUACUUUUGGGAUCAAAAAUAUUAACAUGGUAUCAAAAAUACUUUGAGUUAGCUUUCAUACCCAUAUUGACCUCAUUGACAUUUUUUGAUUUUGGCUAAUAAUUACUUUUAAGUAAUAUUUUUUGUAAAUAUUAGUAAUUUAAACUGGUAAAAUUCAUCAAAGUCUAGAAUUCAGUAUUGUGGGAUUACAAUUUCAAUAUUUUUUUACUUUUCAAUUGAGGUUUUCUUAAUAUGUAUUCAAUUAAUUUCAUGUUCUUGCAUAAUACACUAUGUAUCUAUAGAUCAAUUUCAUCCAUAGUUAGUAGAAUUCAAUAUUUUAAUUGAUCUUUUAAUUGUCAAGGAUCAAUGCAGCAGUGAGAGCUUUUUCUUUUUGCUUCAUGACCCUACUUUUAUCUCAAAGUUGUAUCUACAGGUAGCUUAGAGUGUGCAAGAUAGUUCCUUACAUCCUUGGGCCUCUUGGGUUAAAAAGGUUGUACAAUAGUCUUAAAACUAUCAGAUCCCACUUUUCUAUUUUGAAUCUCCAAAAUUCAUGUUAAUCUUAUAAAGUGAAUAUCAAUUUAGUACCUUGAUAAUUUCCAUUGAAGUUUGUGCGUUUGACUCCUCAAUGAUCUAUUAGUAAAUAAUUUCAUACAAAAAAUCCAAACAUUAGCACUUACACAUAAAAUAAUGACAAUGCUAACUCUUAUUUAGAAUGGCUGACAUGUCAUUGGCAUUUAGAAUGACUCUUAUUUAGAAAAAUGUGUCGAGCAUAUGAUGGUCACUGGCAUUUUUUGAAUGAAUGGCUGACAUGUGAAAGAUGUCGAAGAACAAGGGAAGAGGGAAUUACCUCCUUGGGUGUGGUGUCCUGGAAUGAAUAUUUCUCACGAGCUACUGAUUAAUGGAUACCUAUGACACAGAUGUAGUUGACAAAAUAAUCUCAAUUGCCUUUCGACAAGUUUGCAACACAAUUUUAAAUUUUGGUUUCCAAUUUAUGUGGAAAGAAUUACCUGAGAUGUGCAAAAAUUUGAUGAUGAAAUAUGUUUCAAAAACUUUUACCAUUUUUUUCAUCGUUCCUCGUUCAGGUUAUGUGGUUUCUAGAUUUCAAGAACAACACAUUAUAUCUAACAUUUUUUUAAUUGGAUUUAUGCUUUUGAAAUUUUGCAGGGGAGUUAUUUUUUAUUACUGAUAGAAUUGGUGGAUUCUGGAAUAUCUAUAAAUGGGUAAAUCCUUACUCAAAAAUUCUGAUGUUUAAUCUUUUUUUCGCUAUUUAACGAUUAUGCAGUGCUAUCUGCUUUCAAAUUAUGCAAUGAUAACUAAAGAAUUAAUAAUCUUGUGAGAUGAACUUCCGAUGGUUAUUAUUUUCUAGUUUUCUUAAAAAAUAGCAAUUUGCUUAUUGAAUAAUCUAUGACAUACAAAUAUACACAGUGAGACUUUCAAUGUCAGCUUGCACCAGGGUGGUAUUAGAAGGCUCUUUCACCACAACCAAAAUUAUUUUAUAAGAAAAUAGAGUUUCAAAGAAUUGUAUAGUAGUCCCUUUGGUCACAAGGAAUUGCACGGUAGUUCCUUUGGAUUAGAACUAUGUACACAGUGGAGAUGCAAUAAUUCUGCCAUUUGAAGUGAGAUAUGGAUGGAUCUGUUAAACGGUCUUAUGGGUGUCAAAAUUAGUGUUAAACUACCCAGAAUAGUAGAUUCUUCAUCCCACCUCCAUAUCCUGCAGAGCAUUGUAAUAUUUAUGGAGUUCCAGUUAGGGAAAGCUAACUAGAACAGUGGAAAGGGAUUGCAUACGAAUUAUUUGUUCACAAAGAAAAGUGAAACAAUCUGGGAGGCGAUUACUUGCAGCACGUGUUUAAAGUCGUCCAAUCGAAUCUCAGACCUACUUCACUCCCCAAACCAUAUUAUAAACCUGAAAAUUUCUACUUUAAAAAUCCGGGAAAACCUUAGAAUUUGAAAAAAAUAGAAACAAUAGAAAUCACUGUUUGAAAAUUUUACACACCUUUAAAUGUUCUGAAGAUUAAUUUUGACUUAAAAAGCGAUUUACUUUGGUGAAAACCGCUUAACCCAGGUCUGCAAAUAUAAGGAGGAUUAAGUCAGGUACCAAAGCUGCUUUUUGCCAACAGUCAUCGUCACAAUAUUGACGAAAGUAAUUCGAUGUGUUGCAGUCAUAGUUAAUAAUAUUUUAUGGUCUGCAUUAGCAACUUUUGGCGGUAAAGCUUUGAUUGGAGUGAAAUGUAUGUAUUUAUUUAACUCAACUAGAAAUCUGGCACAUAAGAUCAAGUUUUUGUAUAGGCUCAUGCCUGGUUCAAUGUAAACCACAAACUACUUUCUUCUUUUAGUAUGGUUAUCUCUAGAAAAGAAGUUGGUAGAACGUCUACUUUUUCUUUUGGGGUUGUUACAAUUAAUUUAUGGUUUCGAAUGGAAAAAAAAGAGAUAAUGUGGUAUCCACAGAACGUGGGUAAUGAAGAUUUCGAUUUUACCAUUUGAUAUUCGAUAAUUCUAAUACACUUUUUGACGGCAUUUCUUGCGUCUAAAACAGAAUGAAAAUCAGAACAAUGUGGAGCAUGUAUAUCCUCUGAAAGCAGAAUUUACAAGGCCGAUGUGGACUUUUGGUAUCAAUUCCUAUGAUUUUGUGAAGGAUUGGGGAAGUAAUAGUAUUGUUUGCACUUACAGGUCUGUCGAAGAACCUUAUUUUGGAUAGCUGCUUACUUCAUAUCUUAUCAUUGGCUAAUGCCAAUUCUUAUGUUGCAUUAAUGUUCCUUUUUUUGAAAUUUAGGAAGAAUGGGGGAUCAUAUCUGGGAAUCUUGGAUCAUACUCAGUCUUCUUUCACUUUGUGCGAUAUUCCUUUCACAGAUAUUUAUAACGUCGUGAGUUCAGAACAUUUUUUUUUGUCAUUUCUGAAAAUUUUCGAAAAUUUUCGCGCCUCAAAGUUUGAAUGAAAUUCGUGUCCAUCGGUUUAUGAAACUCUUGAAAAACAUUUGGGAACACAGGUUUCUGUACAGAACUGCUUAUAUUUGGAGGGUGCAUCUGCUGUUCACCCAUUGUCCAUAGCAAAGGUCAGACCUGAUUCCAUGAGUAUUUGAAGCAUUAUGUUCCCUCCAGAUGCGGAAGGAAUACAAAGUAUCUUACUAGUUUAGCUGUCUUAUAAUUUCUAUCAGGUAAUACUAAAUGAUGAACUUACAAAGGUUGCAGCAUUCUCCAUCAUCUGGUCUUCAUCUCCAGAUAUCACCCGAUUUGAGCCAUAUUUUAGCAGGCCAGAGGUUAUUGAAUUUCCUACUGAGCGUCCAGGGGAGACUGCCUUUGCAUUUUUCUAUCCACCAUCAAACCCCAUCUAUCAAGCAAGUCCUGAUGAGAAGCCUCCAUUAUUGUUGAAAGGCCAUGGUAAGUAGUCAUCAUUCUAGAAGGCAAAACCGUACAAUAUUCUUGAUCCAUUUCAAAAUUUUGCUGGUUCCGUCUUUGAGGAUAAUUCUUCUUGCUUUUUUUGACUCAUUUUGGACAUUGUUAAUAGUUUUUUCUUACAUAUCUUGCUCUUAGUAAACUGACCAGCUUCAUUUCACUUUUGUCAGAUAAAACUCUCACCUACUUAUUCAGAAAUCAUAAUUGGAAUGCUUGUCAUUUGGGUUUUAUGAUAUUUGCCUUUUAUUAAUCAUCUGGCAUUAAUGAAUAUUUUCAAUGUUAUAUAAAAAAAAAUAUUGAAGUACGGAUGAAAUAAAAUGACCGACGAUAACAUUUAACAAAGUAUUUUACCUAUUUCACUUUCUGUUUCCGUCCGAGUUGGAAAAUAUGUUACAUUUGAAGAUGUGGAUGAAAAAUCCUAACUUCCGAUUGCUGUUAAACGAGAGUUAUAUUUUCUGGCAUUUAUUAUGGAUUUUUAAACAUCAUCUUAAUAUCAUGAACUCCAAAAUCUGAUCUCGUUUGCAGGGGGUCCUACAGGUGAAGCCCGUGGGUUACUGGAACUUUCCAUCCAAUAUUGGACUAGUCGUGGUUGGGCAUUCGUAGAUGUUAAUUAUGGAGGAAGCACUGGUUGGCAGAUAAUCCAUUCACUUCGACGACUUUAUUUUUUUCUGUUUUCUUUGGUUAGGAAUUAGAGCCUAUAUCUAAUUUUUCCUUGCUUUUUUUUUAAUGGGAAGUCUUAGUAAAGAACUUUUUCUCUCCUGGAUAGUAAAUAAGAAUAUUUUUUUUCCCACCAUUACUGCUUCAGCAUCAUUUAACCCAAAUUUGUAUGCAAAAAUCUUAGGCUAUGGCAGAGAAUAUCGAAGCCGGCUUUUGGGACAGUGGGGCAUAGUUGAUGUAAAUGACUGCUGCACCUGCGCCACAUUCCUGGUGACUCAUUUUCAUCCCUCCAUUCCUUUUUUCCUUUUAUAGCAACUCGGUUAGUAUCUUUUAAUGAGAGGAACUUACUUACCUUGGCCUUUGGCUUCUAAGGCGGAUCAAGGAAAGGUGGAUGGUGAUAGGCUCUGCAUCAUGGGAAGGUCAGCAGGCGGUUACACGACUCUGGCUGCGCUGGCUUUCAGAGACACUUUCAGGGCUGGUGCGUCAUUAUAUGGUGUAAGUAUUAAUAUUUUUCACCAGCAACCUUAUUCCUAGUGAUGUAAAAAUGGUUAUUUUAGCAGCUGGACCAGGGCUCAUAUGUUCUCUGAGUAGUUGGAUUGAUCAAGGACUCAAUAUAUUAAGUUGUGGGGAAGAGUAUAUGUAAACUUCUGAUUCUGGUGUUAAACAUGUUGAUUUUUUGUUUUCCGGAAGAAAAUAUCUCUUAUCCUAUAUUUUCGACAAAAAACAAUUCUAUUUUGGGUUAUUGACUAUUUGUUGAAGCUUUGGAUUUCUAUAUUUUUAAUUAAUAAAGAAGGGUCAUUUUCUUCCCAAAAACAGGUUGCUGAUUUAUCUUUGCUGCGAGAGGAAACUCACAAAUUCGAAGCUCGGUAUCUGGAUAAUCUCCUUGGUACAUAAUCACUGCACAAGUUCGCUAAUUCAACAUUUUUUUUAUAUAACUGACGGAUUUUAUUUUAUUUUUUACGGUAUGAUUAUGCAGGAUCAGAUCACGCGUUCUAUGAGAGGUCUCCUAUCAAUUUUGUUGACAAGUUCACAUGUCCUGUGAUCUUAUUCCAAGGAUUAGAAGACAAGGUAUUGAAGCCAUUAGCAUACUACUCUGGUUGAACUCUGAAUUAAUAGUCAUGGAGUCAAGUAAUUGCAUUGAACGGUGCAUUAAUUCUUUUCCAUUCAUGUCAUGUAGUUAUUCAUGAUUCUCGUUCAUGACUUCCAUUUGAAUCCACUUUGAGAAAAGAUGUCUCUUCAGUGUGGAAUUUAGACAGAAAUUUCUUUAGAUGAUGGGUCAAGAACAGGGCUUGCUAUCCCAAAUAUGUACGAUUAUAAUGAUCCAAUUCUGGUUAAUGUACCCAAAUAGUAAAAGUCAACCCUCUAAUGAGAUUAUCUUAUUCCGGUGAGACCAUGCUGUGGGGAAUUUAGCAAAAGAUUUCUGUAGAUUAUGGGUCAAGAACAGGGCUUUGCUAUCCCAAAUAUGUGCGAUUAUAAUGAUCCAAUUCUGGUUAAUGUACCCAAAAUAAUUCAGCAUUGUCUCAUCGGAAUAAGAUAAUCUCAUUAAAGGGUUGACUUUUGCUAUUUGGGUACAUUAACCAGAAUUGCCUCAUCAGAAUAAGAUUAUCUCAUCACGCGGUUGACUUUUACUUUGAAACACACAAUGCAGGUUGUGCCCCCAGAACAAGCCCGUAAAAUUUACCAAUCUUUGAAGGAGAAAGGGAUACCUGUUGCUCUGGUGGAGUUUGAGGGGGAGCAGCAUGGUUUCCGCAAGGUUCCUGUUUUGCCCCUAGUUUAGUAUUUAAUCCAGUUGGAUCGGAUUGAUAUGGAAGUGUUGUUUUUUCUGGUAUGAUUUUGCAGGCUGAGAACAUCAAGUUCGUGUUGGAGCAGCAGAUGCUGUUCUUUGCGCGUUUAGUGGGAAAAUUUGACCUGCCUGAUGAAGUCUCUCCAAUCAAGAUAGACAACUUUGACUAA